AUGCUUGGAAUCGCGUCCAGCUUUCUGUUCUUGACAGCAGUACACGCUGUACCUACUGCUAAGUCUCCUACUGUCACAGUACGCAACGGAACUUAUGCGGGGUCCCAUGUUUCAACUUACGACCAAGACCUGUUCCUCGGCAUUCCCUACGCUCAACAACCGGUAGGGAAUCUACGGUUCACCGUACCGCAGUCUCUCAAUACCAGCUGGGAUGGUGUACGUGAUGCAAAGGAGUACUCUGACAUUUGCGUUGGAUAUGGAACCGACUCAAUCUGGUAUCCCCAAUCAGAAGCUUGUCUUACUCUGAACGUUAUUCGAAGUUCGUCUGCCAAAAGCGAUUCUAAGCUUCCGGUUGGCGUAUGGAUUCAUGGAGGAGGUUUCUACCAAGGCUCUGGGGCCGAUGAGCGUUACAACAUGUCUGAGAUUGUUGAAAACUCAUACAAAAUUGACAAACCAUUCAUCGCUGUUACACUGAACUACAGAGUUGCAGCUUGGGGAUUCCUCAGCUCAAGUCAAGUCAGUGGCAGUGGCAACACCAAUCUCGGACUAAGAGAUCAAAGAUUGGCCCUUCAAUGGGUACAGGAGAACAUUGCUGCCUUUGGCGGGGAUCCCGAAAAGGUCACCAUCUGGGGAGAGUCGGCCGGGGCCAUGUCUGUGGGUGUUCAUCUCACAGCAUAUGGUGGAAGGGAUGACAAGCUGUUCCGAGCGGGUAUCAUGGAGUCUGGAGGAUCCAUUACCGCUCGGCCUGGGAAUGACACUUCUUUCCAAGGUUACUACGAUGACUUGGCCUCCAAAGUGGGCUGCUCCGACGUGAUCGACUCCUUGCAGUGCCUUCGUGAAGUGCCCUUUGAGAAGCUUAACACUGCGCUUAACAGCACAGAUGGCUCUUCUUACUACAGCUUUUGGCCAGUCGUCGAUGGGGACCUGAUCCGGAACUGGGCUAGUAUCCAGCUUGACAGGCAUGAUUUUAUCAAGGUUCCGAUUAUCGCCGGUACCAACACAGAUGAAGGGACAGCAUUCGGACCAAGAGGGAUUAACACAACAGAUCAAUGGUACGAAUAUUUGACAGACGGGGGAUUGAAUUUCCAAACACCUCCUUCCAUAGCCAAGCGGAUCCUAGAACUCUACCCCGACGACCCAUCACAAGGUAUUCCAGAGAGCCUGGGAGAUGAGCGCGUACCCUCAAAUGGGCAUCAAUGGCGCCGCACCUCGGCUUUUUCAGGUGACUGGUCGAUGCACGCCAAUCGCCGCCGGCAGUGCGAAGCAUGGGCCGAAUCAUCAACGCCGGCAUACUGCUACCGAUUCAACGUACACUCCGCAGACACACCCCUUCUUUCGGGUGCAACUCAUUUUGAGGAGGUAGCGUUCGUGUUCCACAACAUUGCCGGGCAAGGGUACCACUAUGGUAAACCGUUUGCCGGUGUACCGCAGUCAUACAUUGACCUCAGUGUCAUGAUGGCGAGCAUGUGGGCAUCUUUCAUUCAUGACCUUGAUCCAAACCCGGGUGUUGUGAACAAAUAUGUACCCUGGAAUUCUUAUUCCAAUGGCAAGCCCGAGGAUUUGCUAUUCGAUGCUAAUAUCACCAGCCAGAUGGAGGCUGAUACCUGGCGCAAAGAUGGGAUUGACUAUAUCAACUCGGUUGCGGGGGCAUUUUGGCGGUAG